GUUAAUUAAAUGAAAAUGUUUCGAGAGUAUUUUGAAAAUGAUAGUGACAUGCAAUAUUUAUUUGUUGGUUUUGUAAAUAAUGCUAACAAUGAUAAGUGAAAAUGAAAUAAGAGAAGGAAAAAAGUGGUUUAAAAAAGAAUCCCCACGUUCUACUUUGGCGUGAGAUAAUAAAGAUGGACAAACUUAUUGUUGGCGUGCUCAUGGUCAUGCAGGUUUUAGUCUCCCAGACACGUUGAAGAACAUCGCCCAUGGUGGAAGAGACUAAAUAGUAAAACUCUGCGUUAUAUUGUUAGAGCAAAUAAUUCUAAAGUGUUGAACGUGAAUGCUGAAGAGCGAGAUAUUAUGUUUAAUCGAAAAGUCUUUAUCAGGAUAAUCAGUGUGCUCCUAUGCAUUGCUGCUGUUGUGGCUCUUCGUGUAACCGAUGAUGAAAGCAGACGGCUGUCUCACUAUCUUCGAAAUUACAAUCGAGAGUGGUCACUAUUAAACAAUGUAACGUGGGGUAGCGUAGGUGCAGCUCUGGCGACAGUAACGUGCGGUGGUUACGUGAUAAUCACAAUGGGUCUAUUAUGUGCUGCUGCAACUGGGGAGCUUCAUGGAAAAAAAACGGAAUUUUUUCUCCUUGGACUUGGAGUUGUUCUUUUUGGGGUUGUCGGAGCACUGUCGCUGGCAUCCAUCGAAAACGUUUCACCUGAUUUAGUAGAUAAUGGCGCUGUACUUGGAGCUUUAUGCCUCAUGACUGCUCUAGUAUUCAUAACCGAUUUACUCAUGACAACGCCAGAACAAAGGCAAGAGAAGCAACAACCUGAUGAUACUCUACCUUACAAAGAGCCAGCCAACCCUAUGACAGCGCUUUCGAUGGAAAAAGAAACUGGACUCUCUAAAAAAAAUGGAAGCAUACAGCGUUUGCAUGAGCAUGGAGCAAGUGGUAACAUUAAUGAAGGUUUUGAUAAACAAUCCCCUAAAAAUCAUGAUAAUGGAAUUCAAUCAUCGGACACAAUACAUCGGUCGACAAUGUCUGACGUUGCUAUUUCACCCGAAUACACCAAUAGCUUUGAUGAAGAUAUUAAAUUUAUUGAUGCCGAGAGUCAAAUUAGAGAGGCUCAAAAUGAUAGUCGGCACUCAGAAAAUGCAGAUCGAUACAGACAAUUGGAUGGAGAAAUUACUGAGGUUUAUAAACAUGGAGCAAAAAAUGAGAGGAAUUUUUAUAAAGAACAGGAGCUUGUUAGCCGGCCAUCGGAUGAAGUUGAUACCCCACGAUUUCCAAUCAUGAGCGAUAAAUAUGAAGCUGCAUUUUCGAAAAUGAUCAAUCCUGGCGUCAAAAUUAUGACAAUUGCAAGGGACGUGGAUGUUAACUCCUAUAAUAAUCAUGGAAGGUAUUCAGAUUCAAGUCAAUAUGACAACGUUCCGACCCGCAUAGCUCCGGGAAUCCUGAAACACGAUCGAGAUCGUUACUACAAUAUUCCACGAGCUUUAGGUAAAAACCACCGUAGAGAUGAAAUCGAUGCGCUCGAGGAAUGGGUUGGUGUACUGCGAAAAUCAACAACUGGUACACAAACUAGAAAUAUACCAUCGUCUCCAACAGAACCGGGAUACGUUCGACAUACUGCCAAUAAUUGGCCUCGAGAAAUGCAAGGCAAACUUUCAGGAUCCACUAUACAAGGGGAAAGGAAUGAGGGCUAAUAUACGACAUCAUCGCCCAUCACUAAACAUUACAUAACAUUUUUUAUAGAAAUUUGACUAUUUUUCCAUUCAUCAUUGAUUGAAAUAUACACUUAUUAAUUUCUGAUACAUUGUAAAGAUAUAUAGUAGAUUUUUAUGCUUGAAAAUGUAAAAGAUUAUUCUUAAAAAUAUACUUCAACUUUUUGUGAUUAGUAUUCUUUCCAAGCUUUUGCAGGAUAAAUAUAUACUUAUGAUGUAAGA